CUAAAGUGCACAGGCUCAGGCGGCCAAGGGACCCGCGCCGGUUCCCGCGGGCGACCUGCAAACCCUGCCUGGGGCCCAGCAGGCGCUGCGUCCCGGCGCGUUGGCAGUUGGCGACCCCCCUCGAAUCCCCCUCUGCUGCGGGCUCCCCGUGGCCUUUGGAGGCUCGGUGAGUCGGCUCCAAAUGUUUUCCAUAUUUGUUCAGCCUCCAUAAUUCGAAUACCAGGGCAGGCCGAGCCAGCCGUGCGCCGCGCUCCAGGGCCCAGGGCGCCGCACACGCACCCACCCACCCAGCCUCGCAGCGCCAUGGGCAAGAACAAGCAGCCCCGCGGCCAGCAGAGGCAGGGGGGGCCGCCGGCCGCGGACGCCGCUGGGCCCGACGACAUGGAGCCGAAGAAGGGCACGGGGGCGCCCAAGGAGUGCGGGGAGGAGGAGCCCCGGACCUGCUGCGGCUGCCGGUUCCCGCUGCUGCUCGCCCUGCUGCAGCUGGCCCUGGGCAUCGCCGUGACCGUGGUGGGCUUCCUCAUGGCGAGCAUCAGCUCCUCCCUGCUAGUCAGGGACACUCCAUUUUGGGCUGGGAUCAUUGUCUGCUUAGUGGCCUAUCUUGGCUUGUUUAUGCUUUGUGUCUCAUAUCAGGUUGACGAACGGACAUGUAUUCAAUUUUCUAUGAAACUGUUAUACUUUCUGCUGAGUGCCCUGGGCCUGACGGUCUGUGUGCUGGCCGUGGCCUUUGCUGCCCACCACUAUUCGCAGCUCACACAGUUUACCUGUGAGACCACACUCGACUCUUGCCAGUGCAAACUGCCCUCCUCGGAGCCGCUCAGCAGGACCUUUGUUUACCGGGAUGUGACGGACUGUACCAGCGUCACUGGCACUUUCAAACUGUUCUUACUCAUCCAGAUGAUUCUUAAUUUGGUCUGCGGCCUUGUGUGCUUGUUGGCCUGCUUUGUGAUGUGGAAACAUAGGUACCAGGUCUUCUAUGUGGGUGUCAGGAUGCGCUCCCUCACGGCUUCCGAGGGUCCCCAGCAAAAGAUCUGACAUUCUUGCUCAAAGCUGCGAGAGAAAAAUAGCACAUGGAGUAGACAAGGUUAAACAAAAACAAAUUUUUAAACAAAGAAAGGAAAAAACAUUGACAACAAAUAAUAGUCACUCUUCUAAAUGAAUAUUUUUAUAUUUUUAUAAAAUAGCAUUUCUUCAGGUUUCUAUUGUAUUUUUCUUUAACAUUCUUCAAGAGAAAGCAAAAUCCAAACUGAUUUUGGAAUAUUAAAAGUUAACAGAACACUGAACAAGGAAAGAAUGGCAUAGCUCUAUCUUUACAGUCUGGCGUUAAUUCAUAUUACUCAUUUUAUCCAUUACUUACAUAAUCUUCUUUCCUGUUAGUCCAGUUUGAUGGUGUGAAUGGUGAAUUUCAGGCCCAGUUGCUAAAUUUUGUGGCAUCUUCCUCUGGUCCUUCCCACCUCUAGUCAUCAGCGCCACACUGUCUUGGAGACAGGCAGGAGGUGGGGGAAGAGCUGAGUCUCUUUAUUUUCCCUGGUAGAGACGUCUUCAAGGCAUGAAAUAGCUUAAAGAGCAGAAUAGAAACAGAAGAGGCUUUGCAAAAGGCUAGAUAAUUAUAAACACCUGGGUUGGGGCGGCGGCCCUUCUCUUCAGCUCCCUUAGCUUGGCUCUGUAAGUAGAUCACUUGCUAAAUGCUUUAGAUGAUUGCCUCUCAAUAAUUGAAAGGUGGUGGUAGUUGUAUUCUUAAUGAUGUAGAAGGUUUAAAAAUAAUUACAUUAUGCUUCUAUUCUAUCAUCUAAAACAAAUCAUUAAAACUAAUUUCUAGCUAAUUGUUAAUUAUAAUUAUGCUCAGAAGUCUAUUUAAUGAGCUCUGGCUGUACUUACGCUACACUGUCGGUGUUAAGAGAAAUUACUCUCACAAGAGCAGAGGGCUGAAGAUUCUCUCUUCUGAAAGCCAAGCACCACAAGGAAAAAAAAAAUGUGAUUAAUAGCUCGGGUUAAAAACACUCAUUUAAACAAAAACAAGAGCAUUCGUAGUGGGAAGUGUUUAUACAAAUAGCACAUUUGUGAUAUGUUGAAAAGUAUCUCUCUUGGCAACCAACCUAUGUCUGAGGAAGAUUGGGUAAUGCUGAUGUGUUCCAUUCAUGAAACUGUAUUUGAUACAUAAUCCUAUUAUUAAUUCGUAUGCUUAGUCAACCUACAAAAUCAAAAUAAUAUUCUGAAGUUCUUAUUUGAGCAAUAUGGCCUUGAAUUGGAGGGUAGUUUUAGUUGUUUUGUUGUUAAGUGACUGUGGUUUAAAUUACAAAUGCCCCAAGGUGGGGAGACUUCCCUCUGUGACUAUUGUUAUUUUUAAAUUCUGAACUAUCCAUAUUUUAAGGAAAGAGCUAAAAAUGGAAAUUCAUGAAACAUAAAUAGUAUCAAGAACUUUCUUUAUCAGUAUGCUUUGUUGAAAGCAGAAAUUAAGAUAAUAAUUGAGUUCAAUUCGCCUCUCUGCAUUGCCUAUUGAUAUACUUUACUAAUCAAGAAAUUCUAACCUAAAAGGAAAACAUUUUCUUGUUUGUUUUAGAAGAAAGUGGAAUAAUUCCAUGGAUUGUGAUAACAAUGUCCAUUUCUACACAAUAUAAAUAUCCAGUAUAAAGGAAAGUGUUAAGUCAGUAAGCUAGAGGAUUGUAAAUAUCUUUUAUGUCCUCUAGAUAAAACACCCGAUUAACAGAUGUUAAACCUGUGAAUGUUUUGAUUUGCUUUAAAAAUGGCCUUCCUACACAUUAGCUCCAGCCAAAAAGACACAUUGGAGAGCUUAGUGGACAAGUCUCCGGAGCAGAACUGAUCACACACAAAAGUUACACCAACAGAAUACCAAGAAGAAUGAUGAGGACCUGUAAAAUACCUUGUGCCCUGUUUAAACAAACAAACAAAAAAAAGCCAGUAACUGAAUCCGUUUUGAUUUUUGAUAGAGUUUCCUACACAAAGAAGAAAAUAACUGAGAAUCUUUAAAGAGUAAGAAAGUAGCACUUUAAUGCUAGUAACCGUGAAUUAGGCACCACGGAAAGCGCAUCCUGAAUUUCUUUAGGAACAACAUUUUAUAGUGAACACUGCAAGUUUUUAUAUUUAAAAAUUAAGACUCUGUAUAUCCUUAAGGUGCUCUAGGCUUUACCAGUGAUUCACAGGGUAUUUCAAAUGGUAGAAUCAUUUUAGCUUCUGUGCUUCCUUUUUCUAAAUAAUGCAACCUGUAAGAGCUGACAUUGUAAUAAGCACUAUAAUAGUAUAACCAUAUAAUAGUAUAUGUAUACUAUACAUAUAUAAAAUGGGGAUAUUACUGUGGUAUGAUUAAAUCAUUCUUACGUCCCAAAGAGAAAAAAAAGUCAUAAGUGAAUAGAAAGAACUAAACAGAAAAGAAAGAAAGAAAAGAUUUCUUUGCUAUGAGCUCGCUGUAUAUUGAUAAGUGUAAGAAUUGUGUUGCCUGAAUAACUGCUUUGGGCUAGAUUUGAAGUAUUUUGAUGUUGUGUUUUGCAAAUAUUGAAGUUACAAUAAUGGCAACAGAAAAGGAACAGAUACACAGCUUUACACUUAGCAAAAUGUUACAUUUAAAAUCUGACAAGGCGCCAAGAUGGUGACUGUCUCCUCUAAACCAUGAAAGAGUAAGAUUUGCGCAACCCUCCUCCUCUUCCACCUCCUUCAGGAGAAUUAAAUGAAUCAAGACUUUGGAAAGACGGGGAAGAGCCGGGACUUGGCAGUACUUGAAAUAGGAGGAAUACAGCAGCCUAAAUGUACAGACUUUGUAGCCGAGCCCACUCGAUCGGUCUGUGCCUUCACGUGACCACCAUCUGUGCCUCCCUCGCUCCAUCCAAAUUUGUGUAGGCUGCUCCUUGGAGCUAUGCCUAAAAUAUAGCUACACCAGAGCCCUGGAAACUGUAGUCAAGUAACAGGCCUCACUUUUUUUUUUUCCUUUGGAUUAAAAGUGUGUCUCUCUCUACUGUGGGGUUUCCAGCUUUACACUUCAAUGGGUUGUUCUGACAGUGAGAACACAUUAUAUACAUGUUUUCUCUUCAUGUCCAGGGCAUGAGAAUCUUAAUAUUCUUGUACUUCCCUUUUUGCAUGCAGUGUGUCUGGAAUAUAUUUAUAAAAUUUUAGCAAAGGGUGAGAUCAAGGAACAAGGGUAGAGUGGUUAUUUAAAGAUAAUCAGAAAUGAACUUCAAAGCUGCCCUGCAAAACCAAUCCUUCCUAUCAUGAAGAGUACCUUCAUGUUUUCUAGAGAUUGUCUCUGAACCAUUGCUACAUAGCCGUAAAUUUCUGUAAAUCAUGUUGGCUAUCAGUUCUUACUAUUCUCAGAGCACUCUAUCAUGUUUUUAGGUGUACAUUGUGUAUUCAGGAUAGCAUUAAAAAGAACUGAUGGCAAAUGUAUUGACUCACAGUGGAAACAUUUGUUUGGAUGGAGAAUUAGUGGUUUAGCCUUUGAAAUGAAUACCUUGAAUCAUUUCUUCUGAUUUUCUAGUAGUUUAUUAUCUCAAAUGAUUAUUAUCCCCUUCAGAAAUACUGGUCUGUACUUUGGUGUUGUGGUUUCAUUUUUCUGACAUUGAUCAAAUAGCAAAUACGAAAUAAAGCAUUUCUACAUGUUUGAGGUGGUUGUUUUUAAAGGGGAUACGUGUAAUGCUGAUUUUCUUUAUUAAUAAAAUUUUCAUAAUUUCUGAAAA